AUGUCGUGGGCAAAGCACAAGAAGAUUCUGGCCAUGGCCAAGGGUUAUCGUGGACGCGCUAAUUCUUGCUACCGUACCGCCAUUAAUCGUGUAGAGAAGGGUUUACAAUACCAGUACCGUGAUCGCAAGCAAAAGAAACGUGAUAUGCGGUCGUUAUGGAUUCAGAAGAUUAAUGCUGGUGCGCGUCAAGAGGGACUGUCGUACUCAAAGCUUUACGGCAAGAUGAACGGCUCAGGCAUCGAGCUGAACCGGAAGGUACUUGCUGACAUGGCUGCUACGGAACCCUUUAGCUUCAAGUCAGUGUUGGAAGUUGUCAAGCACAUGGAGAGCGUCACGAAAGCUUUGUAA